AUGGCUAACUAUUCAUACCAAACAUCCUACUCAUCAGGAGGAGGUGCUGCCGAUGCUGCAUUCAAUCAAGCUGAUAUUAACCGUGAUGGUCGUGUUGAUCUCGGUGAAUUCCGUAACUUCCUCGGUCAAAAUCUCGGUGCUGGUGCUGGUGCUGGUGCUGGCUACGGUGGUAGUUCAUCAUGGGAAUCAGCAUCAUACGGUGCUGGUGCUGGUUUAGGCGCUGGUUACGCUGCUGGUGCUGGUUUGGGCCUUGGGGGUUCAAGCUUUGAAUCAUCAUAUGAAUCAUCAUUAGGCGCUGGUCUCGGUGGUGCUGCUCUUGGUGGUGGUUACGAUGCAUCAUACGUUGUUGGUGGUGGCCAUGCUGGUGGUCUUGCUGGUGGUGCUGCUAGUUACGAAACAAUCUCAGGUGGUGCUGGACUUGUUGGCGGUGCUGGACUUGUUGGUGGUGGUGGACUUGUUGGUGAUGCUACUCUCCUUGCUGGUGGAGGAGCCUUUGAUUCAUCAUCAGCAGCACACACUCAAGUUCACUAUGCUACUGAUGCUCAAGGUCUCUUCCAAGAUCCAAACCCACAAAUCAUCCGUCGUCCAGCUCCAACUGGUGUUCAAACAUACACACAAAACAUUCGAGUUCGCUUCCUUCAACCACCACCAGUUCCAGCUCCAGGUCCACUCAUCAUCAGAGAAGUGCGACCACCUCAACCACCUGUUCCACCACCACUUCGCAUUCGUCAACAAGCUCCACCUCUUCCUCCACCACCUCCACUUGUUCUUCGUGAACGACCACCCAUUCCACCACCAGCAAUUGCAUCUCAAACAGUCAUUCGUCGUUUGGCUGCUUUACCAGUUCCACCACGAUCAGUCAUCAUCGAACGUCUUCCACCUGCUCCACCACGACCACGUGACAUCAUCAUCGAACGUUGGGUUCCAUAUGGACCUCAACCCCGACGACGCACCAUUGUUCAACGUGCUGCUGCUGCUCAAGGAUACGCAGCACCACGCAAUGUUAUCAUUCAAUACGAACAAGCUCCAGUUCGCAUUGUUCGUCAAUUCCAACGCCUCGGUGUUACUGCAGCUAGCCCAGCUGUUUAUAUUCAAACAUAUGGCGCUAGCCUUCUUGAUGCUGCUUCACUUCUUGCACAAGCUCGUGCUGCUGGUGUUGUUGAAGAUAUUUCAGCUCCUGGUUUUGUUGGUUACACUGCUGCCACAUACGGUCAAGAAUCAUUCGGUGCCUCAUCAGGCUUAGUUGGUGGCGCUGGUCUUGUUGGCGGAGGUGCUGGUCUUGUUGGCGGAGGUGCUGGUCUUUAUGCUGGAGGUGCUGAAGUUGUUGAUGGUGGUCUUGCUCUUGGUGGUGGACUCAGUUCAUCUUCAUGGGAAUCAUCAAGCCUCACAUCAGGCGGUGCUGGUGGUUUAGGAGGCGGUCUCGUUGUUGGUGGUCUUGGUGGUGGUUAUGGUGGUGGUUAUGGUGCAUCGUCAUUCGGAUCAUCAGGCUAUUCAACUGGUCUUGUUGGUGGUGGUGCUGAUGCUGCUUUCGUUGCUGCUGAUACCAAUCAGAGUGGUGCACUUGAUCAAGGAGAAUUUCGCAAUUUUCUUGCCCAAAGUGCUGGAGGAGUCGGUGGUGGAUCAUCAUACGAAUCAUACAGCUCAUCACAGUCCUAUUAA